AUGACAGAAGUAGCCAAGCACCUCAAGAGCUUCGGCCGGGUAGACACACCCAGCUACUUUGGCAAAGAGCUCGACCCACAGAUCUACGAGACUCUUUCGAAAGAAGAACAUGCAUUCCUCGUCGAGGCGACUGGUCUGCAAGCAGACGAGCUCAGGACGUUCGUGCUCGAGCGACAAGCUCAGGCUUACGCGCUCUACCACUAUCCGUGCAUCCGCUCUCUAGCCUUUGCAAGUCCAUCGCUUGGACUGAAAGCAUUCCGACAUCCGGCAUACGCGCACCUGCUCGAGCAGUUCAAGCAGGACGACAAAGCGGUCUUGCUCGAUGUCGGCUGCUUCUUCGGCAGCGAGUUACGCAAGGCCGCCAUCGAUGGGAUCCCCGCGAGUCGUAUGAUCGGGACAGAUCUCGAGCAAGGCUUCCUCGACAUCGGCAAAGAGAUGUAUAAGCAUACUGACAAGCAGCGCGGCUCGCCAAGAUUCCUCGCUGGCGACUUCUUUGAUGAUCGCUUCUUCGACACGUCCACAAGCUCGAGCAUGAAUGAAGAUCUGAAUAUGGACGGCCUGUACUCGCUGGCGCCUUUGACCGGCUUGGUCACGACGAUUUUCUCGUCGUCUUUCUUCCACUUAUUCGCCAGAGACAAGCAGCGCCUGAUCGCGCAACGGAUGAUACGCUUGCUCAAAGCUGCCAGCGGAAGUCUGGUCUUUGGGUCGCACGUUGGCGGGUUCGGUGGGCCGGGCCUUUUCGAGCGCACAGAUCCAAACCUUCGCGAGGAGGAAAUCCACAGAGACCGCAUCUGGCCCAAGGGCGGAUUCGAGAGUAUGUGGCACGAGGAGUUGAGAGCCGCGCAUGGCGACGACGUCAGAGCUGAUGUACAAGUUCAAUACUUUUCGCUCAAGGGCAGCGUCAUAUGGCAGACGCAUGAUGAUGCCUGGCUGAUGGCCUAUACCGUUCGUUUGUUGUGA